AUGAUACGCAGCGCAAAUACGACGACGAUACUGUGCGAUGAGCAGACAAAAUUCAUCCUCGAACGGAUUAGUGCCGUUGAGAAGCACUUCGGAGAGCUGUGUGGAGCGUUCGCGGAAUACACCAGAAAAAUCGCCCGAUUACGCGAUAAAACCGACGAGCUGGCCCACGCAACGCAAGAGUACUGCGAUGCGGAAAAAUACAGCAGUACGCUGGGCACUGCCCUGUCGAGUCUGGCCAAGGCGGUAACACUGAUAGGGGAUUUCCACGACACGCGUGUGCGACGAUUGGAGACGAAAAUCAUAGCCGAGCUUUCGCAUUACGAAACCGUCUGCAAGCACAGCAAAGAGAGUGUUAAGGAAGCGCUGCUCGUGCGGGACAAAGAUCUGACCAAGCGGAAGCACCUUGAUCAGAGCAAAACCCGCAAUGGACGGUUGAAACGAAAUACGAACGACACAGAGAUCAUCAAAUCGAACCUGGAGGUGGAGAAAUCGCUGAAGGAGGUCGAACAGCAGGUGGAGCGGUUCGAGAGGCAAAAGCUGCACGAUCUGAAGGAGUUGCUGUUGAAUUUUGUGAUGAUCGAACUGAAAAUGCACACACAAACGGUGGAAGUGCUUUCCGCUACGUACCAGGACAUCAGUGACAUCGAUGAGUCAAAGGAUCUUCAGGGAGUACACAAGGAAUUGAAGAGACAAAACCGGCAAUUCAAAAAGUACCUACAACAGGAUACUGUUCGUGAUCGAUAUUUUCUGCAGCGCAUUAAAAGCCAAUCGAUGGGAGCGCUGAACGCAACGCUGGCAGGGUUUUCCACAAGUCGCAAAAACAAAAGCCUGAGCUCUAACUCACUGGAAUCAUCUCAGGAACAGGAGCAGGAACAGGCUGGUUCCGAACCAAUGGAACGUACCCAAAGACAGGUUCCCGUUGCAAGGCGUUCCAACAAAACCUCGGCAAAUUCAAUCGAAUCAUUGGAUUCAUUGAAGCGCGAUAUAUCUUCCGAAUCUAAAUCAUCAUCAGAAGAAGACGAUAGCGAGGAGAGUGAAACCCUAACAGAGGAUAACUCGGACCCUCCUGUCAACCCGCAAAGGAAUGUUCCUCCAUUGGAUCGUACUAAAACGAGUCACGUGGAUUCAAAGUUUAAAAUUAUCAAGCUAAAGGACUGUAACUCAUAA